GACUUCGAGAGUGUACAUUCCCAAGAGUCAGUGGCAGCCGGAGCACAACUAAGAGGCCAGAGACGUCAGGGGAUGCCAGACUAUGAUUUUCAACACGUAGUGCUGAAGAACUUGAAUAUAAUAAGACUCGUUCUCCAGCAACAAGGGGAGCUGUUGUCCAGCCUUAUUCCUCCUCAGCCUUCGUUAACAGAAGCUGUAAAGCUGCUUGAGGGCCCAUUGGAAUCUACCGAUCAACUUCAACAAUUUGAAGAGGGGCUUACAAAGCAACAAGAGAAACACUUUGUUCUAGAGCUUUCACUGCUUGGCGGCCACAAUACAAAGGUUGCUGUGCGGAGGAUGUUAUCCUACGUGAUUACUGAUGAACUUGGGAGACAGUACAGCUGGGAGGGAAAGAAGGGGAAGCUUCCUUUUAGGGACCUCCGCCUGCCAGGAUUAAUCCUUCGUAAGCAAUCCAUUUCGUUUGAUACUCAGAUUUGUCUUGAAUAG